AUUAUAGAUCAAAGACCCAUAGAAAAAAACCGUAGGAGAAGUUGUCGAGUAAGUCCACCACGUGUUCGACUGCCCUGCAGUCAAUGGACACGCGUCAAGACUCGACCGACGCACUUCCUCCGGCAAAAGAGAAGCGGCACGAUGGAGAUCCACCGACAGCGGAUGCAAAUCGAUGAAAACCCGAUCAACUGAUCAGUUUUCACAGAGCUAAAUCGCCCACCAGAUCCACCAGAUUCAGAGGAGAUAACAAUCGACUUCAGUCGAGCCAUACACCAUCAACAUUCCAAUAAAUUCCAGUCAUCUUUAAAGAUAAAGGAAAGCCCGAAGAUGAAUAAGCCUCACUCAGAAAAUGAAAGAACAGCCGAGGUUUAGGAAGGAGAGUCAAUCGAGCGGAGGAGCAGCGAAAACCGCAAAUCAAACUAACCAGGAAGAUCGCGGUGGAGAGCUGCCGUCAACACCAAAAAAGGUGUGACACGGAAACAGUAGCCAGCCGUCCAUCCCAAAAAGAAAGGUAAGAACGUCGGAGUCAAAACCGACAGACCAGCAAAGGACAAGUACGUUGUCGGAACAAAAAACCGGCCGGAUGCACCGAUGCCGGAGAAGAACCUCGAACAAAGCGAUCGAGCAAUUGAAGUCGUUCUCUCUCUCUAAAAAAUUUUGAAGAGAUAAGAGAGAGAGAACUCCGACGGAAAUCCUAUUCAUAUAUAAAAAUAAAAUGUUAAUAGUAUGGCAAAUUCAAAGUUUUGUAGCUUUGAAUAAAAAUUGAAUUUGGAAAAUCACCUUAAAAUGUAAAACAAAUAAAAUAUCUCAUCGUCCUAUACUACUACUGCCCCUCGUUCCCUCCAAAAUCAUUCUCUCUCUCUCUCUCUCUCUCUCUCUCUCUCUCUCCAUUUUGAAAAUUCAUUUUCCAGGAAAAAAAAAACCGUUUGGUUUCCGGGAAAACUCUGGAUCAUCGUUCCGCCGAUCACGCUCAAAUCGUCACACCCCAAAAUCGAUUGAUUAACUUCGCCGCCGCGUCAGAGAAGAGCCCUAGAGAGCUCGUUUUCACCAAACUAGAGUUAUCUCUCUUUUCCCUCCGAUGACCUCUCGCGGAGAGAGGGAAGGUAACAACAACACAGAUCAUCAGGAUGGCGUUACAGGGAGGAAGCAGAAACGAUGUCGCUGCAGGCAGUCUAAAUGCUUGAAACUGUACUGUGACUGCUUUGCGUCAGGAGUGUUAUGUAACGACUGUGAUUGUGCUGAUUGUCACAACAACACUGACAACUCUUACCUCAGAGAAGCAGCUGUUUUGAAUUUACUAGAUCGUAAUCCAAAUGCAUUCAACGGAAAGCCUCCCAGCUUCUCAAUUGACAAGCAGGCUGCAGCUGAUACUAAACAUGGACUGCUUUCGAGAGGAUGCAAAUGCAAAAGAACCAAGUGCCUGAAGAAGUACUGCGAAUGCUUUCAAGCUAAUGCUCUGUGCUCUGACAACUGUAAAUGCAUCAACUGCGAGAAUGUAAGUGCUCUAGGAGCUACUAACAAUACUCCUGAUAGUUUGAUUUGUGCUCCUCAGAGUUCCCUACAGGUAUACCGGAGGAGAAGAAGAUACAGAGAGUUGUUACCUGAGUGGAAUUCGUGUCCAGCUCCUUUAAGUUCGAUGCCUGACAAUUACGUUCUUGAUUCUCUCGAGUCCCCUAUGUACAGCUCUACUAAACUCCCUUACAAGUACGCUUUUAGCCUUUCCUACAAUGAUAUUUCCUCUUCAUUCCCAUUAUUGUCAACUGCAUUUUGUUGUGACAUCAGAAAGAAAAGGUCACGGCUAGGAUGUACCACUCCCAAACUCGUUCCAGACUUGGGGGAUCUAAGAUCGCUUCUCUUAGCAGCAUCUGAAUCUGCUACAGCCAAUGCAGGUUUACAAGACAAGAACAGGAUACGCAUAAAGCCUGAUGAUAAGGAGCUAUGGAAUGAGUCUGAGAGCGGUAUUGUGGAAGAAGAAGACAUACAAUCCUGUGGAAGAUUGAUCCAACUGAUUGAUGCUCAAUACAAUGACGAGGUGGAUCCCCAAACCAAGACAAGUUUCCCUGAAAGAGAUGCAUACAUGGAGCAGGAAAGAGCAGUGCUUGAAACUUUCAGAGACUGCCUCCACAAGUACAUGAAAAAGAUUGGGUUCAUGAAAGGUACUAACUACUACCACUUUUAGACUUUUAGUUUCCAUUUUGUGAGCUGAGCUGUUAUUACCGACGAAGCAGAGACAAAUCAACAAGUCUUAAACAUUAAACUCACAAUUUGAAACCACACAUUAAGUUCAAAUCAA